CGUCCCCCGUCCACAUACUCUAAGCGGCGCAGCCUGCGGGGAGAGAGGGGUGCUACAGUGACGUCCUACCAAGACCAUGGUCUGUCAUAUUGCGCUAAUUAUAAUUAAGCCGGCCGGGCCGAUGAGCUAGAUCAAACCCUCUUUUUUCUGCUUUGUUUUUCUCCUCGCUUUUGUCCAUGGCGAUCGACGCCAAGCUGUCCGGCUGCCUCCCGCUGCCACAUCGCCAUUGCUAGCUAAUUAAACUACGCAGCAGAGCCAGAGUGGUAGCUAGCUGUGGCCACAAGUUCAGCGAGGGAGCUGCUGCUGCUGCAGCACACUAAUCAUUUGCUUGUCCUUUUCCAUGCAUCACCCACCAUCAACUUGCCACCCCCUCCCAUUCCUCCCUCGAUCAUAUACCCACACCGUCUCCAUUGAUCUCCCACCCCACCCCACCCCCCUCUCACCACCUGACCCGCACGCAGAGCGGUCCAAGAACCCCCACCUCUCUCUACCUCUCUCAUGGGGAACAAGCCGGCGUGCAUGUCGCUGGCGCCGGCGGCGGGCGCGGCGUCGGCGUCGAGCGGCGGGGGAUGCAAGGUGAUCCACGCGGACGGGCGGGUGACGCGGCUGGCGCGGCCGGUGCGGGCGUCGGAGCUCAUGCUGGACCACCCGGGCAAGUUCGUGUGCGACGCCUGCCGCCUCGCCGUCGGCUGCCGCGUGCCGGGCGUCGCCGCCGACGAGCUCCUCCAGCCGCGCCGCGCAUACUUCCUCCUCCCCAUGGACAUGCUCUACUCCGUGCUCACCGACGACGAGAUGGCCGCGCUCGCCGCCCCCUCCCACGGCGCCGCCACGGCCGCCACCGCCGCGUGGCGGAGGAUCGUGGUCACCACCACCAGACGGCGACGGGGCGGGAACAACAGCAGCGGCGGACGCGGCGCCUCUUCCAGGCAGAGCAAUGGCGACGCCGGCAGGGUGUUCCCGGUCGUCGGCCUGCUGCAGCUCCAGGACGCCCCCGCCGGGCACCCCACGAUUGGCGUCAAGUCGAGCGGCGCCACCGUCGGGUUGAGGCGGCUCCGGUCGUGGCGGCCGGUGCUGGACACCAUCGAGGAGGCGCCGUGACGCGACGCGGCGGCCGGCACGAUCGGCCGGUUGGUGCGGCUACGCUAGUGUUAGGCAGCUAGCUUGAGCUGGCUCUCGAGUGUACAUGAUCGAAUUAGCUUCUUCUACUAGCUUCUUUUUCUCCAUUUCUUUUUUCUCUUUUCUGUAAAGUGCUCUACAUUCUUUUGGCCUUUGUCAAAUUGACAAAUCGUUUUCCCAUCCAUUCUACAAUCUACAUACCUCUGGUAUAUACUCCCUUCGUCCGAAAAAGCACUAAUUUGGUG